ACUCCCUUCUCCGAUACAAAGAAAGAAGGAAAAUUUCCUACAUAAUAAUGCUCUGUUGAUUUUUUUAAUGUCUCUUCCCCCUACCAAACGCUCUUCUCUCAGCAACACCACAACCGCGAACACCAGCUCCGGCGGAGCCAGCAACUCUUCCCCUCUUCAUCAUCCGCCUAUGAAGAAGACCAAGUCUCAGGCAGUGGCUUGCUCUUCUCUCGACCCCAGUAAGAACGGUCUUCAACACCGCCACAAUCACACCCAAGUGGAAAACGAAGUUGUGUUCGAACCUUCUGCCAUGGCUAUCGACGAUGAUGUCAGGCCCGACGAAUCGCGGGCUCCCGCUGCCGCCAAUUUGUCCCGCAAGAAGGCUACCCUACCUCAGCCCUCAAAAAAGCUUGUCAUCAAGCUUGUCAAAGCCAAACCAACACUGCCUACUAAUUUUGAAGAAGAUACAUGGGCAAAGCUGAAAUCAGCUAUUACUGCUAUAUUUUUGAGGCAACCAGAUUCAUGUGACUUGGAGAAACUUUAUCAGGCUGUCAAUGAUCUUUGUUUGCACAAGAUGGGAGGAAGCCUUUAUCAACGAAUUGAAAAAGAAUCUGAAGCACAUAUAUCUGUGGCACUACGGUCUCUGGUUGGGCAAAGCCCAGAUCUGGUGGUUUUCUUAUCGCUUGUUGAGAGAUGUUGGCAAGACCUUUGUGACCAGAUGUUGAUGAUUCGUGGUAUAGCAUUGUAUCUAGAUAGAACGUAUGUAAAACAAACACCAAAUGUGCGUUCAUUGUGGGACAUGGGCUUGCAGCUUUUCCGGAGACAUCUAGCAUUGUCUGCUGAGGUUGAGCAUAAAACUGUCACUGGCCUUUUAAGAAUGAUUGAGAGGGAGAGAGUAGGUGAAGCAGUUGACAGGACUCUCCUUAACCAUCUUUUGAAGAUGUUUACUGCUUUAGGAAUUUACUCAGAUAGCUUUGAGAAGCCUUUCCUCGGGUGCACAUCUGAGUUUUAUGCUGCUGAAGGGAUGAAAUUCAUGCAGCAAUAUGAUGUUCCAGAUUACCUUAAACAUGUUGAGAUGAGAUUGCAUGAAGAACAUGAAAGAUGCCUACUCUACCUGGACGCAAGUACAAGAAAGCCGCUGAUAGCAAUGGCAGAAAAACAACUUCUUGAACGCCAUAUACCUGCAAUUCUUGAUAAGGGGUUUACAACACUGAUGGAUGGACAUCGUAUUGAGGACCUUCAGCGAAUGUACUCUCUAUUUUCCAGGGUCAAUGCCCUUGAAUCACUAAGGCACGCUCUCAGCUCAUAUAUUCGGAGAACUGGACAGGGCAUUGUCAUGGACGAUGAAAAAGAUAAAGAUAUGGUUCCUUCCUUGUUAGAGUUCAAGGCUUCCCUUGAUUCAAUAUGGGAAGAAAGCUUUUCAAAGAAUGAAGCAUUUUCCAACACCAUUAAGGAUGCAUUUGAGUAUCUAAUAAAUCUUCGUCAGAACCGUCCUGCAGAGUUGAUUGCAAAGUUUCUGGAUGAAAAACUUCGUGCUGGUAACAAGGGUACUUCUGAAGAGGAGUUAGAGGGUAUGCUUGAUAAAGUCUUAGUCUUAUUCAGGUUUAUCCAGGUAAUUUUGAUGUUUUCUCAUCAGAAAUCCUACUUUCCUUGAAUAACAAUUCUAUUCCUACUUUGCUUCUGUUAUGCUUCUCUUCUUUGAAGGGUGUUGCAGAUAGUUGUAAUAAUAUUCUUGUUGUGAAUAAAGGGUAAGGAUGU